AUGACGGGCACCCAGGAGCCAGACCUGCAUGAGCAGCAGCACAGAGGAACAUCGCAGGAGGAAGGGGACGAGGAGGAGGAGGGGGAGAAGGUGCAUGUGUCAAUUGAGGGAGAUGAGGGGGAGCAGGAGGAAAAGGAAGAGCUGCCCUACCCUACUCUAGCACCAGUGGUUCUUUUGGCUCUGACCCAAACCAGCCCGCCCCGCUCCUGGUGCCUUCGAGCCGUCUGUCACCCAUGGUUUGAGCGUGUGAGCAUUUUGGCCAUCCUGCUGAACUGUGUGACUCUGGGCAUGUUCCAGCCCUGUGACCACACCCCCUUCCUGCUGCAGGCUCUGGAUGAUGGGAUCUUUGUGUUUUUUGCCGGGGAAAUGGUGGUGAAGAUGGUGGCUCUUGGGGUCAUAGGUCGGAACAGUUACCUUGGCGACACAUGGAACAGAUUGGACUGCUUCAUUGUUAUAGUGGGAAUGCUGGAGUACUCACUCGAUGGACACAACGUCAGCCUAUCAGCUAUCCGGACUGUUCGGGUUCUCCGCCCACUGAGAGCCAUCAACAGAAUUCCCAGUAUGCGUAUCCUGGUGACCCUCCUCCUGGAUACACUUCCCAUGCUGGGCAACGUGCUGGCACUGUGCUUCUUUGUCUUUUUCAUCUUCGGUAUCGUUGGUGUGCAGCUGUGGGCGGGGCUAUUGAGGAACCGCUGUUUCAUGGGAGAAGAUGUCAAGAUGAGAUAUAACAUUUCCUUGAGUGGCUACUAUCGGCCAGAUGCCUCCGAUGACCACCCCUUCAUUUGCUCGAUGGAAAGAGACAACGGGAUGCUUCGAUGUUCUGAUGUGCCUCGCCGCCGUGUAGACGGGACUUCCUGCUUCCUGGGUCCUGAUGAGGCCCGUCCAGAGAUGGGACUUAGUGUAGAUGAGCCAGUGUCAUGUGUGAACUGGUUCCAGUAUUACAAUGAGUGUCGAGCUGGGGAGAUAAAUCCACACAAAGGAGCUAUUAACUUUGAUAAUAUUGGAUAUGCAUGGAUUGCCAUUUUUCAGGUAAUAACUCUAGAAGGUUGGGUAGACAUCAUGUACUACGUCAUGGACGCACAUUCUUUCUACAACUUCAUCUACUUCAUCUUCCUCAUAAUAGUGGGCUCCUUCUUCAUGAUCAACCUGUGCCUGGUCGUCAUAGCGACCCAGUUUUCAGAGACAAAGCAGAGAGAACACGCCUUAAUGAAAUCGGAGCAACGCGCUCGGCAGCUCCACCAAUCAGCUUCCACGCUGGCCAGUGACAGCCAACCGGGAAGCUGCUAUGAGGAGAUCAUCCGCUACCUGGCUCACCUGGGCCGCAAGGCAUGGCGUCGCCUGUCCCGGUUUUACGCUCGGAAACGCCCACACUUUCAUUGCACGUGUGUGUGCCGUAAAGACAGAGGCGCUGGUUCUGCCAGGGGGAGUGGGGUCGGGGAGAUGAAUGGACUUGCCCACCGACAUUCAGGCCACGCCCCCAAUGACCUCUCUCACCUUCAUCAACUUUAUCAUCAUCGUCACCAUCAUCAUCAUCAUCACCAGCACCAUCAGCUUCACUCUGAGCGUCCUGUCAGCAAUGGGGAGAACGGUUUUAAUUAUCCCAUCAUAUCACCCCUCUUCCGUCACAUGGAUGCAAAGGGUCGGGACCAGAAGAAGCUGGUUGCCACGGAGACCAUCAACAGACUGCCGCAGCUGGUGCUGGAGCAUGGUGGGUGCGCUGGGCAUCCUGCGUUACCGUUGCCAGGCGAAGUCCCAGCAGAGUCCUCAGUAUGCCCUUAUUGCAUCUACUACAACCAACUUAGUGAUGGCGAAAAUGUUAAUGAGCAGCCCGAAGACCAGCAACAUGGGUACAGCAACUCAUGCCACACUAACUGUCAGUGUCUUAGUAGCAGUCCGUGCCACUGUAGCAGCCCCUGCGGCGGUGAUGCACAGGUGUCUGAGCCAAAGAAGAGGCUGUGGGUGCGCUGCUGGGCGGGAAUCAAAACUAAACUGGAACUCAUUGUUGGCAGCAGAUACUUCAGCAGGGGAAUCAUGAUUGCCAUCCUUAUUAACACACUCUCGAUGGGCAUCGAGUACCACGAACAGCCGCAGGAGUUGACGGAUAUUUUGGAGAUCAGUAACAUGGUGUUCACUAGUCUUUUCGGCCUUGAGAUGCUGCUGAAGGUCCUUGCUCUCGGGCUCUUUGGCUACAUCAAGAACCCCUACAACGGCUUUGACAGCAUCAUUGUCAUCAUCAGUGUGUGGGAGAUAGUUGGUGAGGCGGAGGGAGGCUUUUCGGUGUUGCGUACCUUCCGUCUGUUGAGAGUUUUGAAGCUGGUGCGGUUCCUUCCCGCCCUGAGGAGGCAGCUGGUGGUGCUAAUGAAGACUAUGGACAAUGUGGCCACUUUCUGCAUGUUGCUGAUGCUGUUCAUAUUCAUAUUCAGUAUCUUGGGGAUGCAUCUGUUCGGCUGUAAAUUUGGUUUGCGACAAGACAGUGGAGACACUUUACCUGACAGAAAAAACUUUGACUCACUGCUGUGGGCGACUGUCACUGUGUUCCAGAUCCUAACCCAGGAGGACUGGAAUGCGGUGCUCUAUAACGGGAUGGCCUCCACCACACCUUUGGCUGCUCUGUAUUUUGUAGCCCUCAUGACUUUUGGCAACUAUGUUCUCUUCAACUUGCUCGUAGCCAUUUUGGUCGAGGGUUUUCAAGCUGAAGGUGAUGCCAACAGAUCUGAGUCAGAUGACGACAGACAAUCACUCUCUUACGAGGACGAGGAGAAGUUGAGGGAGCUGUACGCUGCAGAGCUUAAGAUCCAGGCCAUGAUGCUGAGCCCCAAUGGUCUCCUGAACCCAAAAGCCUCCAUGCCCCACCCUUCUCCUCCUCCUCUGCCGGUCAUCACACAUACUGCAGCCACACCCACCAUUAACUCCAGCCAAUCACGACGGGCGAGUGGUGCUUCCAUGGACCUCAACAGCUUUGAGCAGAGGCCACAGUCUCCAUGGGAAAGCGGGCCAGAGAGCCGUCGCUCCAGCUGGACCAGCAUCAGCCGAGCGCCCAGCCUGCACAGGAAGAGCCAGUCAGGGGAAAUGGAGUCCCUGCUGUCUGACACUCAUACCAGCUCAAACCUCAGCAGCAGAGAGCAGUCUCUGGACCAGGCUGACUACCUGCAGGUCCCCAUGAUGUACCCACCCGACUGCAACGGCACCACCUUUCAUCUCCCCGAGCACUGCUUCGAUGACGCUCCCCUGGCAACACAUUACCACAGUGAUCAAGAAGAGGAAGAGGCUGAGGAGAGUUUAUGUAAGAAGCUAAAGAAGUUGCUGCAGCCAUAUGAGCCUCGGUGGUGCCUGGAGCAUGAAGGAUGGUCGCUCUAUCUGUUCGCUCCACAAAACCAGUUCAGGCUUUGGUGUCAGAGGGUCAUAGGGCACAAGAUGUUUGAUCACAUCAUCCUCCUCUUUAUCUUUCUCAACUGUAUCACCAUUGCACUGGAGAGACCCAACAUACAGCCCAACAGCAUGGAGCGGGCGUUUCUCAGUGUGUCCAAUUACAUCUUCACUGUGAUCUUCGUAGGUGAAAUGAUGAUCAAGGUGGUAGCUAUGGGCCUGUACUUUGGAGAGGGUGUGUAUCUGAAGAGCAGUUGGAAUGUCUUAGAUGGACUGCUGGUGUUUGUGUCCCUGGUGGACAUCCUGGUAUCCAUAGCGUCAGCAGGUGGUAAUCGUAUCUUAGGCAUACUUCGUGUGCUUCGUCUGCUCCGCACACUGCGACCGCUCAGGGUGAUAAGUCGUGCUCCAGGUCUGAAACUGGUUGUAGAGACUCUAAUUACAUCUCUCAGACCGAUUGGGAAUAUCGUCCUCAUCUGCUGUGCUUUUUUCAUUGUGUUUGGAAUUCUGGGAGUUCAGCUGUUUAAAGGGAAGUUCUUCUACUGUGAUGUGUUCGAUGUGAGUAACAUCACUAAUAAAACUCAGUGUCUGGAGGCAGGACACCGCUGGCUUAGACGGAAAUACAACUUUGACAACCUGGGACAGGCGCUGAUGUCACUGUUUGUGCUGUCAUGUAAAGACGGCUGGGUCAGCAUCAUGUAUGAUGGGCUGGAUGCUGCCGGGGUGGACCAGCAGCCAAUAAGAAACAACAAUCCUUGGAUGCUGCUGUUCUUCAUCUCCUUCCUCCUCAUCGUCAGCUUCUUUGUGCUCAACAUGUUUGUGGGCGUGGUGGUGGAAAACUUUCACAAGUGUCGCCAGCAGCAGGAGGAGGAGGAGGCGCGACUGAGGGAGGAGAAACGACAAAAAAGAUGGGAGAAGAGGAGGAGGAGGGCCCAGGAGAAACCGUAUUACGCUGACUACUCCCCGUUGCGUCGAUCCAUCCACACCGUGUGCACAAGCCACUACCUGGAUCUCUUCAUCACCAUCAUCAUCUUCACAAACCUCCUCACCAUGAGCAUGGAGCACUACAACCAGCCUCAGUACCUGGUGGAGAUACUCAAGUACUGCAAUUACAUCUUCACGGUGGUUUUUGUCAUCGAAGCCAUUCUUAAACUCAUCGCUUUUGGCUUGCGCCGCUUUUUCAAAGAGAGAUGGAACCAGCUGGACCUCGCCAUUGUGCUGUUGUCCAUUAUGGGAAUCACACUGGAGGAAAUAGACCUGAAUGCUUCCCUCCCCAUCAACCCUACCAUCAUACGCAUCAUGAGAGUCCUGAGGAUAACACGAGUGUUGAAGCUGUUGAAGAUGGCAACAGGAAUGAGAGCUCUACUGGACACUGUGAUGCAAGCUCUGCCUCAGGUGGGGAAUCUGGGUCUGCUCUUCAUGUUGCUGUUCUUCAUCUAUGCAGCUCUGGGAGUUGAGCUCUUUGGAAAACUGGAGUGUUCGGACGAGAACCCAUGUGAGGGUCUUAGUCGCCACGCUACCUUCGACAACUUUGGCAUGGCUUUCCUCACACUCUUCAGGGUGUCUACUGGGGACAACUGGAAUGGGAUUAUGAAGGACACGCUGCGUGAGUGUCGCCCACAGGAUCGUCACUGUCUAAGCUACCUGCCCCUGAUCUCGCCAGUUUACUUUGUCACCUUUGUCCUGACGGCUCAGUUUGUACUUGUCAACGUGGUGGUGGCCGUUCUGAUGAAGCACCUGGAGGAGAGCAAUAAGGAGGCACAGCUGGAGGAAAUGGAGGAGAGGAGGGAGAAGGAGGAAAGGAGGGAGAUGGAGGAGAGGAGGGAGAGGGAGAAGGAGGAGGCCAACCAGCGCCUCAAUGCAGCAUCUGUGGGAGGAGACAUAGAGCAAAACGUGGAGACACCUGCACAGGUGCAGUUUGAGGAUGAGGAGUGUUCCCAUGGCAACAUGCUGAGCAUUGGACGCAUGCUGUCUCUCCCUAGCGACAGCUACGUUCAGCCUCUCAGAUUUCCUCCUUAUCCUCCCAUUGGCCACGAGGCUUACUCCAGCUACAGCUACUCAGGCUCCAUGUCAUCGCUGGGCUCCAGCGGGGGCAGCUCAAUGCUGCAAGUUCCAGGAGCUCUGCCCGUCAUCAGCCACGCUUCACUGCAGUUUGGACGCAGCACAAGGCCGAUGAUCUGCCUCAGCACCUCUCAGAACACGGACAGACCCUCUUCACGCAGACUCAGUCCGGCUCACAGCAUAGAGGGACACAGGUUUAGUCCAGCUCACAGAAUAAACAGGCACAGACUUAACUCGGCUCAUAGUAUAGAUGGAUAUAAAUUCAGUCCAGCUCAUCGAAUUAACAGACACAGACUCAGCUCUGCUCACAGUAUAGAUGGAUACAGGCUCAAUCCAGACCACAGCACAGACAGACCUAAGCUGAUGUCAAGCCACAGUAUAGACAGACAUCCUUCUCUCAGGCUGAGUCCCACACAGAGACGGCCCUCUCACUGGCUCAGUCCGGAAGACAGUUCAGACAGAAACAAGCUGAGCCCCUCCUAUGUUCCAGAAAGUUCAUUCCUGAAGAGACCGGCAUCCCUUCGUGUCACGAGCAGACAGUUACGGAGACAGGAGGCUGUGCGCUCCGACUCUCUGGAUCAGAGCGGCUCAACUGAUGAUCUGGCAGAACCCCACCUCACUGUGCCCGUUGCCUCCUCCACGCCGCCACGACAGCGAUCAUCCAGCGUACACACACUGAAAUAUACACACCCCCAGAGGGUCAUUUCAUGCAGGAGCCACAGCCGGAGCCACAGUGAAACCACUGGCCAAGAACAUGUACCUGAGCAGGCCAUCUGUGGCUCGCAGCCAGAAACAGAUGUCGAGAAGCGGCCUGUCAGCCCACAGAGUCUGACCAGUCUGAAGGUCCCGAGCAGUGAAUCCACCUCAUCAGCUCCGCUCUGUAGCUCCAGAGUGGCCGUCCCCGACCCCAGCCCCCAGUUGGACGACGCUGACGAGGAAGUCAGCCGUAUUAACAGUUCUGUUCACACACACUCACACACACAACUUCCUGCAAGCUCCUCACAUACAAGCAGACACCUUACCCCGAGCCCCGGGGAGCACAGGAGUCGCCUCAGCCAAUCAGUAUCCCCGGUUUCGGGCAGGAACAGGAAGGAGAGGCUGAGCCCGCCACCUGGGGAGGAGCCGGUUACCAUGGCUACUCAGCUGAUGGACAGCAGUGUUGAGCUGAGAAGACGGACUCUGUCAUUCGAUGCCACAACCCUCUCUCCCAAUCAGCCAGAGGGGAGCUCAGUGGAAGACUAA